AUGAGUAAUGCAUUCAAUACUCACUUCACAAGCAUGGGAACUAAAUCAGCAGCUGAGGUUGAUUCUCAAAAUGAAAAUAUUGAUUACGAUCGCAUCUCAUCACGCUCAUCAAGGCAUUUUGAGUUCAGUGAAAUAGUACAGUAUGACAUUCUAAAAUUAGUUGAGAAGCUAUCUACGCGUAAAGCUAGUAGUCUUGAUAAAAUUCCAGUUUUUUUCUUGAAGUUGAGUGCAGCUACGACAAUUGAAUCACUGACUUAUAUCAUCAAUUUAGCUAUUCGCAAUCCCACUGUGCCAAAUGAUUGGAAAAGUGCAAGUGUCACUCCUCAUGUUCAUAAGGAGGGUUGUAAAGUUAAUCCUAACAACUACAGACCAAUAUCUGUCUUAUCUGUAAUUUCGAAAAUCUUUGAGAAAUUAAUCUUCGACCAAAU